AUGGCAGACGCAACAUUAAAUUAUCAAACAAUUCGAACUACACAUGCAGCUCGUGAAGCUGAUGAUUUACGAAGUGAUAAUCGAAAAAAAAAUUUAAUUAUUCUUGUACUUCAAUGGCUUGCUGAAGAAGGUUACAUUGAAUCUGCUCGACAACUUGAACAUGAAACAAAUCUUGAUGUUAGUAAAUAUGAUGUCUGUGAUAAUAUUGGCCUCGAUACAAUUCUUCAGGAAUAUGAAUCAUAUUUUCAUAUUAAAUUUAAUAAAUACCCAAAAUUAACAAAGAAAAUUUUAGCAAUGGGUGCAGCAUCGACAAGUAAAAUCUCUGCUAAAUUAGCUAGUGCUCAAUCAACAGCCCGUCGUAGUAAUGUUCCAUCAUUACCACGUGUCGUGAAUAAUGGAACAGAAGCAAUAACAACAGCUUCUGCUGGUGCAAAUCCACGUCCUCCGACCGUCGGUGAUGUACUACGAAAACUAUCUAAUACUCGUAAACUUAAUCGAUCAAAUUCGGAAAAAUUAUCAGUAAAUUCAAUCUCAUCCUCAGGUUCAGUACAAAGUUCUUCGCAACUAUCAGGGAAUAAUAGCAAUCAACAAAUAACAAAUACAGUAGAAGAUAUGACUCUUUCAUUUAUGAAAGUAUCAUCUGUUAAAACAACAACAUCAUCAACAAAUGAUCAACAGCAACAAAAUGGAAAUAAAAAAAAAUUUCCUGGCAAUAUUAUUGAUUGUCGAGCGAUGAUCAAUGAUUCAUUACGUGGAGCCAUCGAUAGCAAUGGUGAUCCAUCUGAUCGCUUAUUAAAACCAUUAGGUGGUUAUGCAGGUUAUAAUUCUGAAUGGCGUGAUUUAGCUGAUGUUGUUAGUCGGUAUGGUUACAAGCACGAAACAAAAAAAUAA